GAUCAAAGAUGCACUGGUGUUAAUUACGAUGGUGAAUACCUUAGUGUAUAAACUAUAAGCAAAACGGGAACAAAAUAACAACAUUUGUUUCUUUAUGGAUAAAAACUUGAAAUUUCAUAUGAUUGAUUCAGACAGUAUAGAAUUAUUCAAUUCAUUAUCACCAACCAAAAGUAGAUCAACUGAAAAGAAUAAACUUAAAAAUAGUACAUUUGGAAAAGAUCACAAUUCAAUAGAUCAACUGAUUACAAGUAGUAACGCUAGUAGUGGAUAUUGGGAAGAUUGUGAUUCACUUGUUACAAGUGAAUAUGAUGUUUUCGGAUUGAAUUGGACAACUUGUCAUCAAAACGCUAGAAUAAAAUGCAACAAAUUGAAACAUCGACCACUUCCAGAUGCGACUAAUCAUUCAUCACUAGUUAGAACUCGAAGUUUCCAUGUAAAACCAAACGAUUACAUCAAUAAAAAUUCAUAUGAACAGUAUACAAGAGAUCAUUAUUCAGAUUCAAUUCUCAAUACUUACUGUGAAGAUAUACAACUUACAACAAACUCUCAAAAUAAAGCAGCUAAUAAUAUACGUCAGUCGUCGUUGGAAGAUAAUAAUCAUCUAUGUAUACCAAAUGAUUCGCUGAGUGGACUUGAUUUGAUUGAAUCAGAUUUUUUAUUUUGUCAAAACAGUUGUUCAUCUGUAAAUCAUAUUCAGUCAUGUCAACGUAUUUCCUCUGAAGUACAGAAUGUUGAAGAGAAAACGUUUAAAUACUUAAGUGAAUGGGAUGAUAGUGGAGAUGAAGAUAUUAUAAAAGGAGCAGAACCAAAAACUAAAUUUGAGGCUGCGUUAAGAAGAGCUGAAGAGAAAAAUAAAAAACGAAUGGAACUGAUAACUUCUAAAGACUUUUCAACAUCAGAUAGUAAAAAGAUGCCUGAAUGGGGUUCACCUAUCCAAAUAAGGAAGAAUGCUGAUCAAAGUAGAUUUAUGGAAUGUUCUCUUUCAUUAGAUAUUCCUGUGAGCAACAGCAGUUCUCCGAAAAUAAGUAGACCUUCUGAUCUUUGUCGCGAAGUUGAAGAAUGGUUGGAAUCAAGACCAUCAUGGAUUGACCAAAAACAUCAGAAAAAUAAUCCAGCGUUACAAAUUUGCUUUUUAAAUAUAUCUGAACAAAAUUUGUUCUCUUCCAUGGAAGCAAUAGUUGCUGAACCUUAUUUGGACAAUAAUGAUUAUAGAACUGGACAAAAUAAUAUAGAAACUAAUUUAUUUUCAGCUGUUAACUGUAUUAAAACAAAUGAUAGUAUUCAAACAAUUAACUCAUUGAAUGACAAUGAAAUUAGUUUGAAUAGUAUUGAAGAUUAUGAUGAUAAUAAUUCACAGAGACUAACAUUGAAUGGUAAUUCAUCUUUUGUAAAUCAUAAAAAUGAAAAGAAUCGUACAAGUUCAUCAAUAUCUGGAAGAUCAUCUUUAUUAUUAGCUUUUGAAUCUUCAGUUAAUUUAAUUGAUUUAUUGAAUGAGAUCAAUAUGUAUUAUGAACGAUUAUUAGAUCAAUGUAGACAAGAUUGUUUUGAUGCACGAUCUGUUGUUUAUUUACAAGAACUAAUAAAGAAUCAUAAACGAUUUCAAACAGAAACACAAAUUGCUAUUAUUCAGGUUCCAAAAAUAUCCGCAAUGCAAGCAGAAGUUGAACGUACAAAGAUUUCAUCGAUAACUCCAAAUAUAGCAACAUUACUUCGAGUUGACUAUAGGAAGUUUCAAAUAUCCAAAGAAGAAUUAAUUCAAUUCUCUAUUUCUCAAUUGAAAGUUAUUAUGAAUGAUUUGCAUUCUAGAAUCGAAAGUGAGAACAAUAGUUUUGAUUGUAUUUAUUCUCGUUUUGAAUAUUGUAUAACAGACUGGAAUUCAGUAGUCUAAAUUGUUUAAAAAAAUUAUUAUCAAGAACUAUCUUCACAUUGAAUAAACAUUCUUAAUGACAUUGUUGGUGCAUUAAGUCGAUAUUGGAAAAUAUCUAGGAAAAUUAAUAUCAGAUUUUAUAAGUUUGUAAUGAUCCAUAACAUUUUAUGGUCGGAUAAAACUGGUCAGUCUUUAUUACUUACUGAUUUAUAAAUUUCAAAUUAAUUAAUUUGUUAACUGAUUAAUUAGUAUUUUUGUAUGCAUUGUAUAUUGAUGUUAUAUCUAGAACUUGAAUUUUUGCUAUACUGCCCACAACUUGAGCACUCGAACGCUUGAACCCUCCAAGUCUCAAGUUAGAAGACAAAAGACAAGUGAAAAGGAAACUUAUUCCAACCAGAGUCAAAUAUCGUACAAAACACUUGGGUAUUUAUAUUUUUAGUAAAGACAAAAUCAUCAUUACAAUCGUCCAGUCCAUAUGCAAUGGUUUUUAGCAUUUGUCCAAUCGGGAAGCUACGGGCCGAGAUUCUGAAAUAUCCUUUCAAACGAUGACUGGAUAGAAUGUCCUCAGUUCUUCCAGAGCUCCUUAGAGCUUCAUUGAGUUCACUGGGAGCCGUUUCCAUGACUAGCGAACGAAUUUCAGAGAAUAAGGCUGAUUCUAUCAGGGUGUAUGAAUAAUUUAUAAUUAGCAGUAGAUUUUGUUUGAUUUAGCAGCUAAAUUUAAGCAGUAAUUAUUUCAGUAACACUGUGAUACAUCUGAUGAAUUCCAGCUUAGAAUUUAGUAAAUCAGUUUGUAAAACAGUAUGAUAGAUUCGAGUCAGGUUGAAAGAAAAUGAAUUGUUGCCAGCAAAAUGUUUGCCAUCAAUGUUUUUUGUAUCUUAGUAAUAAAAAUGACCACGAGGUAAAUACCUCAAAUCGAUCUCAAGAGGUUCAAAUUAAAUUGUUGUGAAUGAAUCCUUUAUUUUAUUUUGUAUUAUUGUCUUGUAUUAUUGAUAAAAUAUUCCUGAUCCUACUAUUAUUAUUAUUUCAGGUCUAAACAAUUCUCUCAUGUUGUCAUUAGUCGAAAGAGAUGAGUUGCACCUAGAACAAGGUGGUAAAUUAAUUGCUUUAGAAGAUAUCAAGUCGUAAGUUAUUUUCAAUCUUGUUUUGUAUAUUGACUUUCAAUUAAAUAAUUUUAAUAGUUGAAUUCAUGAGCUGAUCUAAGCUAGACCCCCAUAGAAACCUAGAACUGGGACGAAACGGCUGUCCAGUGCUUCCAGGUUUUCAAUGGUGAACUAGUUUAGAUCGGCUCAUGAAUUUAAAGAUUAAAAUUACUACAAUCUCCACAAUCUUUCAUUCUGAAAGUUAAAUAAUUGAUAAGAAUUAGAAACAGUAUGGUUUUAUGGUUCAUAAUAUCAAUAAUGGAAAGUUACUAGCCAUUACUAAUACCAUCAUAGCUGCUGAACAAGGUAAUGGCUAUCUAGAGUCAGUAUCCUCAAUGGAAAACAUGCUAGCAUUUUUAGCAAGCGACACUGAGUUCGAACGUCAGUGGUGAUAUCAACAAUAAAAUUUGUCAAAACGCGCAUCCUGGACUUCCUUGCCAGUUACAUAUGAAAUUCGCUGAACAGAAUUUUGUUUAGUUAGCUUUAAGUCACACAUUUUGUCAGUGGAAGGAUUCGAACUUGCAGCUCAAAUUUUAGGGUUCGAGUACUUUGACUAAUAGUUCACCUCUACAUAUUGACUUUUACAUUUGGGUUACUUGACAUAAACGUUAAGUAUGUAUUAUGCCUUGUGAUGGCUGACCCAGAUUACGAUCAGAAUUCUAAUAUGGUCUACUUCGCAUCUACUAUUUUCUUGAAAGUCUAGUGUCCGCGAAUGGACAAACUAUACUCCAGAUUAGUACUACUAACCUUUGCCGCACAGCUAAGACCCUAUUGGUCUAGAGUCUGCUAACUUUUUUCUAUGUCCUGCCUUGAGUCUAAAAGUCAGCAACCAGCUGUUACUAUAUCUUAUGAUAUUUCCGUACCGCAUCACACUAUAAAAUAUAAAAUAACAAUUAUACACAAACAAGCCCAAAUUUUCUGUUAGUAGGAAAGAUUUUAAAUAAUAGACCGGUAAGAAGUCAGGACUAGUAAACUGUAAAACAGUAAUUAGUGGGCCAACUAAAAGCUUAUGAUAAAUGGAGUGUACAUUCAUAAUCUAGUUACUUGAUAAUUAUAC